UUCGACCUGUUGCGCAUCGCUGAUCAAAUUCCUGGUCGAGGAAUCCAAUAUAGAAUAUUGAGUUGAGGGAGUGCUUGUCAGAAUCGGAAUUUCCACCUUGACCUUAACUAGACCCUCGAUAUUUGGCUUGGCAAGAAAGUUACUGCCACCUCGCGAUGUUCCUGGCUAUUAAUGACCUUCCUUAAAUUUUGCGAUAUCCGGCUUAUAGCUUCGUCCGCCCCUAAGCCGCGUAUAUUCCACCCAAUCGGUUCGGCAUGAUGCUAGCGGUGCAACCGCGUCGGCUACUAUCGCGACCGAGAGGUCUGUUGAUUUUUGCGGUCUUGGCCGCAACUCUCUACUGGUCCUUGCUACAUGGGUCUGCUACUCUCCAUGCCACUAGAUGGUAUGAUGGGCGAGCUGGUUCGGUACAGGCUCCCCUAAAGGAAAACAUCGAAGCCCAGCAAGCCCCUCUACCAGCGAACCAACAGAGUAAUGGCGAACAGAGCCAACAAGCUGAACCCGAAAUACACGAAAAGACAGAAGAAGAGAAAAAGAAGGAAGCAGAGGAGCAAAGAGAGGAGAACCUCCGAGAGCAAUUCGAUAGAGAAUACGAGGCACUUGCUAAGGAGCCUGGCGCCGACGCGAUAUUUGGACAGACACUCACUACUCUUGAGCCUUCGAAGAAACGGUCACUACAAAUCGAAGAACACUUGACGCCCGCCAUAUCUAAAACUUAUUUCAGCGACCAUCAACCAUAUAUCUACAACCCAUAUCCCAAAUACAAUGAGAAGGCCUGGCUUGCCGAGAGGGCCAAGUAUGUGACCUGCGAAGGCCCAGGCGGCGCAUCGGGAGGGGACGUAAUGGUUUUCAAAGGACAGCCCAAGGCGUUUCCCGAGCCCGGAUUUGGCAGCUACGAAAUCCUCGGCAUGGAUGGGAACUUGUGCUAUGAGCGCGAGACAAGAUUGGGUGUAUAUGGCUUUCAGGCGGACAACGACACGUCGGAAUCGUCGGUUGACUGGGACAAGGUCCACUGGGGAGACCUGCAGGAGAAAUGCGCUCAAAAGAACAAGGCCCGAUUCAAUCUGCAAGGACAUUCCAAUCCUUAUAUCACAACAGUCUACUCGCGCGACAAUUCGAGCUCGAAUAGCGAGAGUGACCUUAGCCUAUCGGAAACUCCCCUGUAUAAUCUUGGGAAGGGUAGUCCACCAUUGCGCCGAAGGAGAGGCCUUCCCGUACAACCCAAGUCUGGUAAAUCUAAACCUCUGGCUGGUUCUGAAGCGAGGACUGCUCUCUUAUUACGGACUUAUACUGGCAAGGAAUACAGUGAGAACGAUAAACAAGUGAUUCGAUCUUUAAUCACAGAGCUUUCGCUACGUACCGGCGGUUUAUAUCAAGUGUUCUUGUUUGUGCACGUCAAGGACACUGCGUAUGCAAUUUGGGAUGAUGAGGAGACGUAUCAAUAUGUUCUUCAGAGGAAUGUGCCGCCGGAGUUCAGGGAUAUCGCGGUCCUCUGGAAUGACGAAGCCACGCAGACGAUGUAUCCGAAGAUCGACCCUAAUAAGGCGACCGUACAUGUCUCGCAGUGGUUAUCAGUCCAGAAGUUCGCUCAGGAGUUUCCAGAGUAUGAUUAUAUCUGGAAUUGGGAGAUUGAUGCAAGAGUUACUGGCCAUAAUUAUGACUUCGUCGAGAAAUUGGCCACCUUCGCCAAGCGGCAGCCCCGUCGGGGGUUGUGGGAACGUAACGAGCGUUACUACAUCCCGUCUAUUCAUGGGGAUUAUGACACACAGUUUCGAAAGGAGGUGGAACGCGUAUCAGGGAAAGAUACAGUCUGGGGCCCUCCGGAAUUGCCCUUUGUUACCCCAAUAGGACCGAAACCUCCAGUUGCAAAUCCUGAAGAUGACAACUACAAAUGGGGUGUUGGCGAAGAAGCAGACCUUAUCACCGUUGCCCCUAUUUUCAACCCUAUCAAUAGUUCGUGGAUUAGUGGUAACGAGCUGUGGGGAUUUAAUGACUCUACACAUGCGACCACAGACCUACCAAGAAGAGCCACCAUUGUCACGCAUUCUAGAGUGUCAAAGAAGCUCCUUGAUAUCAUGCACGUCGAGAACCUUCGGGGAAAUCAUAUCUCGUCAGAAAUGGUGACGCAAACUACCGCGUUACUUCAUGGUCUCAAGGCAGUUUACGUCCCAAUGCCGGUCUUCUUUGACCGACCUUGGAAAGGCAAGGACCUCGCCAGAUGGUUCAAUGGCGGUCUAAAGGGAGAAAGUGGAGGCAUCGGUUGCGCCAUGGGCUGGGGACGAGAGGCGAGAUACCGUGGAAGCACUUGGUAUUAUCGGGCAAAUCCACCACAGCGACUCUACCUCAACUUUAUGGGUUGGGAAGACACUAAUGUGGGUGGCGAAGAUUGGGAGAGCACUUACGGACGACCCUGCCUGCCGCCCAUGUUGCUCCACCCUAUAAAGGACAUCGAACCAACCGAACCUGGAUACAAGAGCGAGUCAAAUCUCCCCUACUCUUAAGCAGACGGGCAUACAGCAGUAUUUUAAAAUGAGGACCGCCUUCCCCUGCUAGCUGUGUCAGAGUUCAAUACUCUCCGUCUAUCGAGGAACAGAUUUGGCGUUCAGAACCCUAGCAUUUCUUGGAACUCAAUAUUUCCUAUACGUGCGGCGAACCAUUAUUAGACUCAGUCUAACGACCAAGUCGCCUUGGGAUACUCUGGUAUUCUCUAGCCGGAUUCAGGUCACCGCAAUCAAUCAGCACUUCGCGUGAUUAGAAGCCGAGUUGGUUGGCUUGAUCCCGGCUUUU